AUGGACCCGGAGCAGAACAGGAGCGGGGCUGGUGGCAGCAGCAACAGCAGUGGCCUGGAGGAGUCCCUGGUGCUGCCCAUCUUCUCGGUUGCCGCUCAGGUCCGGGUGGGGCUCACCCUGCUGCUGUGUGUGAUCUCGGCCACCUGCAACGUGGCCGUGCUGUGGACUGGCAGGACCAGGCAACCUGCCAAGGGCUCCCACGCACGCCUGUUGCUCCUGCACUUGGCGGCAGCGGAUCUCCUGGUGGCUGUGGUGGUGAUGCCCUUAGAUGCCGCCUGGAACGUCACGCUGCAGUGGCGGGCUGGGGACGUGGCCUGCCGGAUCCUCAUGUUCCUCAAGCUGCUGGCUAUGUACGCCUCGGCCUUUGUCACCACUCUGAUUAGCCUGGACUGCCGAGCAGCCAUCUUACAGCCACUGGCCACUGCCCAGGCUUGGCGCAAGAACCAGAUCUUGCUCUACAUGGCGUGGCUGAUGAGUGCCAGCCUCUCUGCUCCUCAGCUGUUCCUGUUCCACACGGUCACCAUCAGCUCCCCGCAGAACUUCACCCAGUGCACGACCCACGGCUCCUUUGCCCGGCGCUGGCAUGAGGUGGCCUAUAAUAUGUUUGGCUUCCUGGGACUUUUUCUGCUCCCGCUGCUGGUCAUGACUGCCUGCUACACUCGGGUCUUGCUGGAGAUUUCGAGGCAUGUCAGCUCCUGCAACAGCUGGUCUGCCCAGGAGCUACCGCUGCGCCGCUCGCGCAACCCCAUCCCGAGGGCGCGCCUUCGCCUGCUGCGCCUCAGCCUGGCCAUCGUUGGCUCCUUCGUGCUCUGCUGGACGCCGUACUACUUGCUGGGCCUGUGGCACUGGUUCUGGCCAGCAGCCAUGGAGGGGGCCGUGAGCCCCUCGCUGGCCCAUAUCCUCUUCCUCUUUGGCUUAUUCAACGCCUGCCUGGACCCUGUCACGUACAGCCUCUUCACGGGGGGCUGGCUGGGCAGGUGCUGCGGGACCGCUGGGCGAGGGAGUCAGCCUCCGUCCCCCAUCACUGGCUCCUUCCGCGGCUCGGCAUCCUCCAUCCGCCCCCGAAGAGGGGCCCGGCUGCUCCUCUGCGACUCAGCGGAAGUGGCCCUGGGCCUCGGCUCAAGGCCUCACACAAUGGCAGCUGCGUACCUGACCGACGGUCCUUCCACCCAACGGAAAACGUCCAGCUCAGGGACAGUGAGGCGGAGCGCAGGACCUCCACCCCAUGAGCUUCUCCCCAACCCCUUCCGGCUGCAGCAAGAUCUGGCUGAGAAGGUGAUCCACUCGCUGGCGGUCUUCCUGCUCACCAUGAUAAACAUGCAGCAAAUUUAUCAAAA